GCUGGCGACACGCUUGUUGUUUGUGGUGCGCCUCGACGACGCAAGUUCAAAAGCGCGCAGCUGGCCCUGUUGCAGAGAUUCUACCGUGUACACCGGGGCCCGAUCGCGUCGACCCGCUUCCGUAAAGCAUCGAUGACGACGUGCCCCGGGUGGCCCAGCCGGCGAUUCUUCAACCUGAGCGUGGGACGACGCCACGUGUCGCACGGACGGCUAUUGGGUCACUAAUUUAAUUCGAGGCGUCAUACGCGGGCCCGGUGUUUUUAUUUUGCAUGCGUUCAGCGGGCGCUGGCAGCCCGAGAUGUGAUGGCCCAGCUGGAAAGCGUCUCGAUGCGAGCCAAACGAUCCGGCGAGCUUCUACUGCAUUAUCACAUUUCCUUCCAACUACGGACAAAGCAGCCGGUAUGGCGCUCACGUUGCCCCACUUCCACACCUCGACGUCGUACGCGCACCCGCUCCUGACCGUGCAUGUGCAGCCGACCUUGGACCGCCGCGAGCGCCGCUUCCAGUGCGAAGAGCCCGGCUGUGGCAAGCGCUUUAACCGCAAGUUCACGCUCAAGGAGCACAUGAAGACGCACACGGGCGCGCGCCCGUACAUUUGCGACUACGACGGGUGCACGUCGAGCUUCUCGACGUCCGGGAACCUCAGCCGCCACAAGUUCACGCACACGGGCGAGAAGCCGUACGGCUGCACGAUCGCCAUGUGCACCAAGCGCUUCUGCACGAAGGAGAAGCUCGCGCGCCACAUGAAGACGCACUCGGGCAUCCGCCCGUUCUCGUGCAAGGUCGACGGCUGCCACAAAAAGUUCUCGACGUCUGGCAACCUCGGCCGCCACAUGAAGACGCACCGCAGCCACGUGCUGUCGUCGCCGUCGACGCAGGGCAGCAGCGGCAGCGAGCACCACGAGCACCACGGCCAGCACGAGCUCGACCACGACAUCAUCUCGGCGCUCUCCUCGCCCGGCAAGCAGGCCGCGCAGCAAGCGAAGUGGAAGGCCGACAAGCCGCGCUUCCCGACCAUCAUGCGCAGCCAGUCGGACUUUAGCGUCCGCAGCUUCCACACGCCCAGCAUGCACAUUGCGGUGCCCCAGUCGUCGUCGUCGAGCGCCGGCCGCCUCCAGUUCAACCUCUUUGACUCGCCGUUGAGCGCGUCGAACGGGUCGUCGUCGUCGUACACGUGGCCGCCGGCGCAGUUCCCGUCGUCGACGUACCACCACCACGGCAGCAGCUACAGUUCGGGGCUCACGAUCCAGAGCCAGUACCAGAACAGCAGCAACGGCGGGUACAAGAUCGAACACGACCUCCUCCGUGACGCGAUCCCGCAGUACGAGCCGCUGCCGUUCGACCGCACGGGCGCGCCCAAAAUCUCGCGGUCGCAGUCGGACGGCGCCGUCCUUGGCCACUCGGACUUGAUGAACGACUUUUACUACGACCACUAGUCGUCGUCGCGUCCUUGUACAAUAGAGUAGCUUUGUUAGAUGGAUUUCCAUUUUAGUUAGUUUGCGGCAGGUACUAGACCCGCCAACCACCUCGUAUACCCCUAAACCUGUAAAAAGAGAACGUACACGUCAGGCUC